AUGUCGUCGCCAGUAGCAGACCUAGAGGCGGGCUUGAAUGCCAUGCUCAAUCUUAAACCUCCUGGAGUGUCAGGCUCACAAAUCAAGAACCUCACUGCACUCUGUGUGGAUAACAUUCAGUCCGAAUCUGUCCUAAUCCAGAAGAUCUUUACCCACUUCAAGAAGACCCCUGGAUCACACAAACUAGGCGUCCUAUACGUCGUAGACUCUGUAACCCGCCGCUGGAUAGACCAUGCAAAGCAACAAGGCCAAACCAUCAAUAGCUCUGCCCCUGAUGGAACUUACGCUGCCGGUGUGCAUAGAGUAACAGAGCUCCUCCCUGUCUUAAUGAAUGACAUUCUUCAGUCCGCUCCCGCAGAACACAAGGAGAAAAUUAAGAAGCUUGUGGACAUCUGGGAGAAAGGCUCGACCUUCCCAUCUCCCAUGAUUGAGUCCUUCAAGGAGAAACUCAGCGCUCCCAAAAAUCAGUCCACGACACCGGUUGGUAGUCCACCCCCUGGUCCUGGUCUUCCUGGUCUUCCUGGCUUCAAUGUAGCUACAAAUGCCAACCCGCCGGCGGCGGCACCGGCAGGUGCUCCGAGCGACAUCAUGGAAGCGCUCAAGAAGAUAGCCCAGCAGAACAUAGCCGCACCGCCGGCCAGCAACGUUAUGCCACCGGCUGCUCCAUUUGAUUCCGCCUAUGGCCGAAGUGUAUCAACGCCGCAGAAUGGCCCGGCCCAUCAGAUGCCUCCUUUGCCCGUAACUCAGAGCCAGCCAGCGUUCCCCUUCGCGGCCGCCCCUCCCCCUCCUGUAAGCUCUGCGAUGCCGUACGCAUAUCCACCGGCUCCUACCUUCCCUGUGACUGCCAGUAGUCAGCCUAGUGGAUUCCCUGGCAUUGCUGCCGCACCGCCGGCCCCCGCGCCCACGGGAGGCGAUCCUGCUGCCGCUCAGUUGAUUCAGAUGCUGGCCCAACAGGGCAUACCCCCGGCGAACAUUCCGACCUUUCUGGCCGCGCUGCAAAGUAAUUUGGCAGCAGGACAGCCCGCUCCUGUGGCACCCCCUCAGCCUGGCCAGGUCACGUACAGUAACUCUUGGGGUCCGGAUGGUGAUGCCUCUCGUGAUCGCCGUGACGUGGGCGGACGAUCUCCCAAUAGAUAUCGUAAUCGUUCGCGAUCCAGGUCCCCAGCACGGCAGUGGGGAGACGCCCGCGACUCUUCACGUGGUGGACGCAGUGAACGUGGUUAUGGCAGCUAUGGCCGAGACUCGCCUGGUCGUGCCCGCGAUGACCGUCCCGGCUGGGGCCCCGACUACCGCCAGCGCAGUCCGCCCGGGCGGCGAGGCCACAGUCCGACACCUCCACAGUACGAACUCCCCAAACCCGGCCAGAAAUGGAUCGAAUACGACAGGACCCUUCCCCCUGGACAUAUCAAAGUGCUGAGCCGAACACUAUUUGUCGGAGGCGUAACCUGCUCUGAAGCCGAACUACGGGGUCUAUUCGCUAGACAAGGUCAAGUGCAGACUUGUAUUGUCAACAAAGACAAGAGACACGCAUUCGUGAAGAUGCUGACUCGGCGAGACGCUGUUGCCGCCAAGGAGGCAAUGGAGAAUAGCACGUACAGAACAAGAUGGGGUGUGGGCUUCGGCCCCCGUGACUGCAGUGACUACUCUACGGGUAUCAGCGUCAUCCCAAUCAGCAAGCUCACCGAAGCGGACCGCAAGUGGAUGCUGACGGCCGAAUGGGGCGGCAGUGGCGGACAACCUAUCGAGGGCGGCAUGGUUGUCGAAGAGCCAGAUAUCGAGAUUGGAGCUGGCGUUUCAUCUAAAGCCAUCAGUCGGCGCAUGCAGACGGACAGAGGGGGCAAGCAUGGGCCCAAGUCGAGUAGGGGCGGGGAUGAUGAGGAUCACAACCUCGCCAGAUGGCGCCGCAACAAAGACAACCGACGAGACUCUGACCGUCGUGACGACAGAAACCCAGCGAACGCGCAGCAGCCUGUCGUCCCCGAAUUCCCGUAUGGGAUUACCACGGGCGCCAACGGAAUGCCCCUAUUCCCACCUGGCUUCACUUUUCCGCCACCAUCGAACUAG